AUGGAAUGGUUCUGCAAAUUCGAUAGUGGUGACGUAGCUACAAUCAACUGUGAUAGAAUUGCUUGGAUAAAGAUUUCGUGCCUCCUUCCAGAAUUGUGGUCAGAAGAAAACUUCACAUUAAUAGCGGAGUCUGUGGGUAGGGUAAUUGUUUCGUUUGAAGUGAAUUUAUCUGCUGUGAACCUAUCUUUUGGCAAAGUGGGGGUCCUAACCGAUGAUCCUACACAUAUAUCCAAAGAAUUGUUAGUGGAGAUUAAAGGAAAAAUAACAAAGAUUAGAAUUUUAGAGUUUGAUUUUGAUUGGGUCCCGUUCAAAUCCACGAUGGAGAAUUUCAUACCAGAUGAUGAGGGAGACGAGGAUAUGGAUGAAGAUGAAGAGGAGGAACAUAUAUCUGAUACGAUCCCUUUUGAUGAUAACGGUGUCAGUUUAGAGGACGGGGAGUUUAUAUCCCCGAAUGUCGAUGAAGUCAAAGAAUCUAGUAUGGAAAGCUCGGAACUAAAGUCAUAUGAUGAUUCCUGGUCACCGGUGGUGACGCCGGCACCGGUUAACGUUGUAAUGAAUGAAGAAGAUUGGGGAAACGGAAACGAUAGUCAAGGGGAUCACCAAGAGUCACACAUGGGCAUGAAUGUGCAUGGGGAAUCACAGUGGGGAGUUGAAAAUAUAAAUAAUAAUGAGAAUAAUAAUGUGGAAAAUAAUAACAUGGGGUCAAAAAAUGGAAUAUCAAACGAGAUCCCGUACAACCUAACAAAUUUUGGAAUCUUUGGGCCUUUCCCAAAUAACUUUGGCUCAAUUGAAAACCAUACGGAAGUAAAUUUUGAUAGUUCCCACAAUAAAAGAAGGAGGACUGUCCCACUCCCAGAUUCUGAUACUGAAUCCGCAUCCCCCUCGAUGGAAAUUAGAAACACGGUGGCAAUUGGGAACAUGUUGGGAUUUGACAUGGAUGAACAUAAUCCAGUGCUUAGAGACGUUGUUGGUGAAGAAGGCGAGAACCACACUUUCCGAUGA